AUGGCUGAAAUAUUUUGCCACCAUCAAGAUGACUCACUCUAUGAUGACGACGGCCGCCCAAAACGAACAGGAACCAUGUGGAUGACAAGCUCAUAUAUAAUAACAGCAGUAAUUGGAUCUGGAACUUUAUCCUUAGCAUGGUCCAUAGCACAACUAGGAUGGAGUGGUGGCCUUGUUGUUAUGAUUUUCGGUCUCGUCACCUUGUACACUUCACAUUUUCUUGCCAAUAGUUAUCGUGCCGGAGACCCCAUCACUGGCAAAAGGAACUACACGUACAUGGAUGCGGUUGAAAACAUUCUAGGAGGAAAAAAUUCCAUUUUUUGUGGGAUAAUACAGUAUGCAAAUCUUUACGGAGUUUCAAUAGGAUAUACAAUUGCGGCCGCCAUUAGUAUGAUGACAAUCACAAAGACAAAUUGCAUACAUUCCUCUCAUGCAAAAAAAACAUGCCAUGUUUCUGGUAACCGAUAUAUAAUAUGGUUUGGGGUAAUUCAACUUGGAUUUUCUCAAAUUCCGAAUUUUCAUAAAAUGAGAUGGCUCUCAAUACUUUCGUCAAUGAUGUCCUUCACUUAUUCCUUAAUUGGUCUGGCUCUUGGAAUUGCUCAAGUUUCAGGUUAUAUUUAACUUGUUUUUCUAUUUGAAUUUGCUUAAUACAACUAACACUCUCUAUUGUUGAAUACAAAUCAUUAUAUGCAUUAAUGAAUAAAGGUUUAAUUUGGUGGUAUUUUAUAUUCUAGUCACUAA